AUGGCUUCGUUAAUUAAAAAUCAGAUUAUAAAACGUUUAUCAAAGUUCGUGAAAAAUCUCUCAUCAAAUCAAAUCAAUUUAAGUACAUUGAAAGGUGAAGGCGAAUUAUCGUCAAUUGAUUUAGAUGAACAAGCUUUGGAAGAUGUUAUUGAAUUACCAACAUGGCUUAAAAUACAAAAAGCAACAUGUGGCCGAGCUUUUAUUAAAAUUCCUUGGACAAGUUUAAAAACAUCACCAAUUCAAUUACAAUUAGAUGAUGUAACUGUUGAAAUUGAAACAUGUGAACAGCUUCGAGAUUUACAUAAUUUAAAUGAUGCAACGAAUACAAAUGAUCCUUUAUUGGGUAAAUAUGGUUUUACUAAUCGAGCCAUUGAUGGUAUUUCACUAACAAUUACAAAUCUAACAUUCGCUAUCAAAGCUCAAGGCUUUAAAGCAUCAAUUUUUUUACCAAGUCUAGAAAUUUAUAGUAUAACACCAUAUGGAAAACGAGUUGAUACAUUAAAUUUAACUCGUCUUCGUAAUUCAGCUAAAGAUCAUAUACUUCUUUUUAAAGAAAUUUCAUGGCAAAAUGCACGUAUAGAAGCAUCAUCAAACGAUAAUAAUACGACAGCUGCAGCUAUACGUUUGAUUGCUAAUGCAUGUCGAAUAAGAAUUUCAAUGAAAAAGAAUCUUCAAGAUAGUAGUAUGGUAACAUCUCGUGUUAUGGUACAUUUUGAUGAUCUUUUAUCAGUUGUUAAUGAUGGGCAACUGAAAUCUGCUUUGAAUACGUAUAAAGAAAUUACACAAUUAAUGAAACGUGCAUCAGAACAAAGAAAACGCAAAGCUGGAGAUAAAUUAACAAAAUUAGAUCAACAACAAGCACCAUCAACGUUCCAACCGAAAGCACCAACGACAGGUACUAAUGAUCCAAUUAAUUCGACGAAUCCUUUAAAUGGACAACAACAAUCCAGUGAUCCUUUUGAAUAUUAUGAUGUUGUUGAAACAUCAUUACAUUUCAAUGUUAAACGACUUGAUUUACAUAUUAUUGCUGAUUCAGAAACACUCAGUGAACCUCUAGCUGAAAGUGGCGCACUUCAAAUGACUAUUGCAAAUCUUUCCAUCGAUCAUUAUCCUUAUCAUAUGUCUGGUUCACCAAAAAAACAUUGGAUUAAAUAUAGUGAAAUGUUAGCAUUCAAUCGAGAUGAAUGGAUUAAUCGAUUACAAGAAGAAUGGAAUGAACAAUUAAAUUUAGCGAAAAGUAAUGCACCUACUGAUGAAAUGUCCGCAAAACUAGAAAAAGCUCUACGAACAAAUCGUAUACGUUUAUUUGAAUCGUGUACUGUUUUAAAUAUUGAUGAUAUUGUAUUUUAUCCUGUUUCAUUAAAUAAAAAUAAUAAAGAUCAAAAACGUCGUCGACCAUUAAUUACAUCAGAUCGAACACAUUAUCAAUUACCAGAAUUUCUAGGUGUUAUUAAUGUUCAACAUACAGAAUAUUAUUAUCCAUUACCUUAUUCAUUUCCUGUACCAAAUAGUGAUUUAUAUAUUCAAAUAAUGCCUGUUGUUGUACGUGUUGAUUUUGCUACAUCAAGUUGGCUUGAUGCUUUUGUUUCAUCAUUAUCGAUGACUAUUGAUAACUCUGGUGUAUUAAAAACAGAUAAACCAAUUGUUGAUCUUGAACAUGUAGCAAUUAAAUUUGAGGCUAUGUUACCACGAAUUGUUGUUAGUUCAGAUAUGUUUUCUGGUGCUUAUGAAUUAGAAGAAGCUAAACAUAUAGAUAAUCCUGAGCCAGAUAUAUUAGAACGUAAAGAAGUAUCGAAUGAAAAAAAACUUGAAAUACUUGAAUUAAAUGUUUCAAAAUUAUUAAUUACAAAUUGUCGAACAGAAAUAACAAGUAGUAAAAAUAAACUUGAACAACAUAUUGAAUCAUUUAAAAAUACAAAUUUUUUUCAUCAAAAUCAAUGGCCAUUAACAAAUAAUCCAUCCAAUACAUCACGUAUUAGUCCAUUAUUUGAAAAACAUCCAUAUGAAACAUAUUUAUAUGAUAAUCCAUUAGCACAAAAAUAUGGAAAUAAAUUAUCAGAACCACAAACAGCUAAUGCAGCACUUCAUUCAUAUUAUACAAUGACAACUGAUUCAUUAAAAAAGUCUGCAAAAUAUGAUAUAUGGCAUUUUAAUGUUGAAAGUAUUUAUAUGGAUUAUAUACCAUCAUCACCAUCGGAAUCAAUUCGAUUAGCAAAACAAAGUAUGACAGAUACAUUUUCAUUAUCAGGUUGGGCAGUUAUUGAUGAAAAACAAAAUGCGGAUUCUAAACCAUCACCAUGGGCAAAUAUUUUGAAUAUUAUUGAAACACCAUCAGUAUUAAAAAUAUCUCAAAAACAAUAUACAUUCCUUAUGCAUUUAGUCGAUGAACUUGGUUUAUUUCUUGAUGUACUUGAUCGAAAUAAAGCUCAAAGUCGUUUAAUAAAACAAAAAUUAGAACAAAAAUCAUCACAAUUAGUAAACAAUUCUAUUUCUAAUGAUCUCAAAUUAACUAUAUGUUUAUUAUCACCAACAACAUUUACACUUGCUAUUAUUGAUGGUCUUGAAGAUGCUAUGAUUAAUCAUGCUAUGCCACCACCUUCAUCUGUUUUACCUGACGUAGACACUGAACCUGUUAUGCGUGAUACAUCUGAUUCAAAUAUUGUUGUUGAUUUAUUAACAACACCAGCAACAAUUGUUGCUAGUACAGCUAAAAUUGAACCACCACCAUCGCCAGCAAUUACUAUUAUUGAAGAUAAUCAGAGUAAUCCAAUGGAAAAUUUAAAUAAAGGUGGUAGUCGUGGUUAUGCUUAUGUUGAAUUUGAAGAUGAAGAUGUUGCACGUAUUGCAUCGGAAUCUAUGAAUGGUUAUUUAAUGUUUCGUUCAUUAAUUAAAUCACGUGUUAUGGAUAGAAGUAAAAUCGAUACUGAUAAAUUAUUUCAAAAUUGGAAAAAAAUAUUCAGUGUUAAAACACCAAAACAAAAACGUGCAUUAUAUAAUCGAGUUAAAUCCGAAGAACAAAUAACAAAAAGUAAUCAACGACGUGCUAAAAAAUUAUUAAAACAACAAGACAAAUUAAAUUCUAUUGGAAUUAAAUAUGAAUUAACAGAUUUUAUUCCAUUAGAAGCACUAAAAAAAGGUGAUGAAGACAAGAAAUCAUUAUCAUCAAAGAAGAAAAAUGAAGAAGUGAAAUCUCAAGUUUCAAAAAAGGAAAAUAUCAAAUCAUCUGAUAAAAUAAUAAAAAAGAAAAGUGUGAAAAAAUAA